AUUUGUUUUUAUAUGCAUCUGUUGCUAAAAACAAAACAAAUAAGAAUUGCCACAGGUAUCUAAAAGUAAUUGCUGGAGUCGUAAAUGUAGCCUUACACAGUUGCUGGGUCACCUAGUAAAAACAAUUAAUGCAAUAAAUUUUAUAAGAAAAUUGACGUAUUUUUCUAUUGGAUAAUGUAAAAUUAAAUGUUCAACUUCAUUUUUAGAGAUACAGUUAAUAAGAUAACAACAGUUAAUAAUUAAAUUUUUUUUAUUGAACAUGUCAAAACAAGGUACUGUUAGAGACAACAAAAAAGUUAGUGGAGAAUUGUUUACAUUAACUUAUGGUGCAUUAGUGUCUCAAUUACUUAAAGAUUAUGAAAGUGAUGAAGAAGUGAACAAGCAACUUGAAAAAAUGGGUUAUAACAUUGGUGUUCGUUUAAUAGAAGACUUUUUAGCACGCUCAAAUGUUGGAAGAUGUCAUGAUUUAAAGGAGACAGCUGAUGUUAUUGCAAAGAAUGGAUUCAAAAUGUUUCUUGGAAUAACACCACAGGUUACAAGUUGGAAUGCAAUGGGUGAUGAAUUCUCUUUAAUAUUUGACUCGAACCCAUUAGCAGAGUUUGUUGAGCUUCCUGAUGGGCAUUCUAAUUUGUGGUACUCAAGUAUUUUAGCUGGUGUUAUUAAGGGUGCUCUUGAAAUGGUUCAAAUGGAAGUAGAGGCAGCUUUUGUGCAAGAUGUUCUUCGUGGUGAUAGUAUUACAGAAAUGCGAGUAAAGUUUCUUAGAAAGCUUGAAGAUGCUGUACCUGUUGGAGAAGAUUGAUUUUUUUUUUCAAUUUUAGAAAACUACUAAAGAGCAAAGUGUUAAAGUAAACGAAUCCUAAGAUUUUAAUGUGAAGCAAAAAUUUUCAAGUAUUUUUUAUUAAAUGAACUUUAAUUUUUGUAUUAUAUUGUAUAGCUACUGUUAAAGAUAAUGAAAAGCUGAA